UAUACAGCCCAUUACUGUCUCUACCAAGAACACUGUAAUCGUUGUGCAUAAACCCUGAAACCCUAAUCUUCCCCAUUCCCAUUUUGCAGCAGCGCAGAAAAAUCCUCCACUCGUCGCUUUCGAUCUCAAUUCUUCAAGUGUGAAAAUGUCGAUCGGAGAGGUUGCUUGCAGCUACUCGCUCAUGAUCCUUCAUGAUGAUAACAUCGCAGUUACUGGUGAGAAAAUCUCAACAUUGUUGAAAGCUGCAAAGGUUGAUGUUGAAUCUUAUUGGCCAAACUUGUUUGCCAAGCUUGCUGAGAAGAAAAACCUUGAUGAUUUGAUUUUGAACGCCGCUGGAGGUGGUGCUCCUGCUUCUGUUUCAGCCCCAGUUGCUGCUGCUUCUGCCACGACAGCUGCUGCUCCAACUGAGGAGAAGAAGGAAGAACCAAAGGAAGAAAGUGAUGAUGACAUGGGAUUCAGCUUGUUUGAUUAGAAGCACUUGUAUGAUCUUGUCCAAUUUUUGUACUGGUCAUUGGUAGUAACUAAGUGUAUUAUUGUUUUUUUUUUUAUUGCGUUAUUAGGUCAAGAUUUUGUUGUGCUUUUUAACUACAGAAUUUGAAAACUUGCUAUUAAAAUUGAGAAUUUUGAGUUGGUAUCAAUUUUUCCUAAGAAUCAAAGAAUUAUAAGUCAUUUAUUCU